AUGGCUCCUUCCAUUCAAAGUUACGAUUUCCACACCUACUACAAUCCCGCCGACGAGGCAGAGAAGAAGUUCACUACCGAAUUCAGAGAGAAAGUGCAGAAGGAAUUCGCCAAAGAGUUGGAGGCUGGCGACCUUCGUAUUCACAAGUUCUGGCAAGAAAGAAUUGGCCCACACCCAAUCCCAAUGUGGGAAUUGGAUACUGCCGGAAAGCACGACCCUGCACUUUUUGCUCGUGUGUUGGGAUUUUAUCUGUUGAACCAUGGCAACUUGUCAGUAUUGAUCCAUCCAAGAACUGGUGCAGGUGACUUGACUGACCAUACGAAAUAUGCUCUUUGGUUGGGCCAUAAGCAGAGACUUAUUACGUCAUUUUUGAAGGAUUAG